UGUUGAAGGUUUCUUAUGCGCUUAAAAGAUUAUGUACGCAAUCGAGCCUAUCCCGAGGGCUCGAUUGCUGAAGGAUAUAUUGAUGAGGAGUGUUUGACAUUUUGUUCGAGAUAUCUUGAAGGUGUUGAAACGGUUUUCAAUCGACCUCAAAGGAAUUGUGAUAUCAUAGAGAAUGCAGAUGUUUACAAGUUCUCAUCUGGUGGAAGAGUUUUGGGAAAAGUUGAAAGUGUUGUUCUUGACCAGAAAUCGUUGGCACAGGCACAUCGCUAUGUCUUACUUCAUAGUGAUAUAAUAUCCGAGUCUCGCAGAGAAUUUUUAAUAGCUCAGCGAAGUCUCAACCAUAACAUUCGUCCUACACCAAGGAUUGAGCAACGAUGGUUGGUUGAAUUAUUUCCAGAAUGGCUUUCCAAACAGCUUAGUGCUCUUCGGUACAGAAGAAUGGAUUUCGAUGAGUUCUGUGCGGCUACAUUCCUGAAUCCGUCCUUGCAGUUGGAGUUUCAAAUGUUGCUGGUGGUCUCUGAGAUUUGCAUUGUAGAUGUCAUGAGAUGA